ACAAGACAAGACCAAGAUGCGACAUUUGAUCAUCUUCGUGUCGCUCCUUGUGGCGUGUUGGUCCCAGAAAGAAGAACAACUGACGGUCGCUAACAAUAGGUUUGGACUCCAAAUGCUCAAAAUUCUACAAAGCUCCCCCCAAGGAAACGUAUUCUUCUCACCCUACAGUGUUUCCAGCGUCAUGGGCAUGGCGUUUGCGGGGGCCAGGGGAGACACUCAGCAUGAACUUUCCCAGGGUUUGGGUUACGCUUCCGCAGGACUGCAAGACUCGGACAUCUUGGACGCCUACGCGCUUCACACGCACCGGCUGCGGUCGCUAGAAUCGAAUUCAACGCUGGAAGUUGCCAACGCAGCGGCCGUUCAUGAGAGGUUCGCUCUUCAAAGUGCUUACGAACUCCAUUUGGCUGGAUCCCUCACCGCCAUGCUCCUAAAGGUUGAUUUCGAAAACGGAGGCCGAGACGCCGUGGACACCAUCAACAGAUGGGUGAAGCUGAGGACACACGAAAAGAUUCCGCGUCUCUUCAACGCUCCUCUGGAGUCCUCCACGAGACUGGUCUUGCUCAGCGCCAUCUACUUUAAAGGGAAGUGGGAAAAGGAAUUUGAGAAGAAUCACACCGAGAAGAGGACCUUCUUGAAUGGUGGUACGACUCCGACUCAAGUCGACACCAUGACGGGGUUGAUCCCGGUCCGUCACCAGUCAUUCGAAAGCCUGGGCGUCGACAUGGCGGAACUGCCUUACCAAGGGGGCGACUACAGCAUGGUGAUCCUGUUGCCCAAGCAGAACGACGGAGUGGAGGUCUUCAAGCAGAAUCUUACAGAUGUCCUGAUGAAGGAUCUGGCAUCACAGCUGGUGGACCGUCAAGUUCGUGUAUUUCUUCCCAAGUUCAAGUUGGAGGCAGAAUACUCGCUUCGGAACCCACUGCAGAACUUGGGCAUCCGACGGAUCUUCGGCCCAGGCGCAGACCUAUCUGGAAUUACAGAGGACAAUAAUAUCCAGGUGUCCGCAGUCGUGCACAGGGCAUUCGUGAAGGUGAACGAAGAAGGAACCGAAGCAGCCGCAGUCUCGGGAGCGGUUUUUGUGACGAAGACCCUCGGCUUGCCGGCAGUUGAAUUUAAGGUCGAUCACCCGUUUUUAUUUUUUAUCCGAAAUACUCGAACUAAAGAUGUCAUGUUCGCUGGACAGGUCAAUAAUCUCUAAAAAGAAAAAAAAAAAGAAAAACACGAAUAAUAAAUAUAUUAUCCCAAAAA